AUGGUGACCUUGAAAUUGAAAGGCGAAGAAGAAACUCGUGAGGUUACUACAGAGAGAGCUAUUUUCGGACCUUUAAAUACUUACAAACUUCCAAACGAAACUCAUGGAGGUAUUCCAAUAUGCUUUCCCCAGUUUGGGAAUCAAGGGUCACUUCACCAGAAUGGAUUUGUUAGGAGAAGAUUUUGGAAACUUGACACUGACACUCCUCUUUUUCCUGCAACUUGUAGUAAAAAGGCAUUUGUUGACUUGAUAUUUAAGUCUUCUCAAGAUGAUUUAAGGUUCUGGCCUCACAGUUUUGAGUUUCGAUUGAGGGUAACAUUGGCACCUGGUGGAGCUUUGAAUUUAACAUCUCGCAUCAGGAACGUGAAAGCGGAUGGAAAACCAUUUUCUUUCACAUUUGCUUAUCAUAACUAUUUCCCUGUUAUAAACAUCAGUGAUGUUCAAAUAGAAGGACUGGAGACUUCGGAUUAUCUUGACAACUUGAAGAAUAAGGAGCGAUUUACUGAACAGGGGAAUGCACUAACUUUUGAAUCAGAAGUGGACAAAAUAUACCUUAGCACCCCUGCAAAGAUAGCAAUAUUGGAUCAUUCGAAAAGACAGAUUUAUGCUAUUCGCAAGGAUGGACUCCUGGAUGCAGUGGUGUGGAAUCCCGGGGAUAAGAAGUCAAAGGCCAUGGCUGAUUUUGGGAAAGAUGAGUACAAUCUGAUGGUGUGUGUGGAGUCCGCUGCAGUGGAAAAUCCCAUAAAGCUGAAGCCCGGUGAGGAGUGGAGAGGAUGUCAGGAACUGUAUGUUAUUCCGUCAUCCUAG